AUGGCGACAAAUAUUCUACUAACGGUUCUUACUAUCUCGUUCGUCAUUUCGUUCUACCUCUCGUUGACGAGCGCGGCUGUGAUGAACGUAGCUUCUGUGUCUGCAUUUUCCACUCCAGUUGGUUCGCCGUUGCCUUCUCAAGAUAUCCAAGAAUCUAUCUCUCCAACUGCCCAGUUUCAACGGAUCUUGACGAAUCUCGGAUUCCAUCAACUCGCCAUGGCGAUUCCAUCCCUUUCAGACUCCGCAUUUUCGAUCUGGAACGGUCCUUCAACGCUCUUCGCACCGACAGAUGUUUCUAUCCAGAGCUGCGGUUCUUGCUCUCUACCGCAGCUUCUCCGAGAACACAUGGUUCCAGGUAUCUUCUCUCUCGAUUAUCUCCGCAAGCUCUCUUUCGGGACGAAGCUGGAGACCAUGAGCCCUGGAGGCUGCAUUACUGUCACCUCGGCGGCGGAGGAUAACACCAAGAUUUUCAUCGGCGGUGUCGAGAUUACACAUCUAGAUCUCUACAACAAUGGUGUUAUCGUCGUUCACGAUCCUUCCUAUAUUCACCACCACCAGAGGUACCCGUGGCUGAACCAGAACCACCACCAGCUUUGGACUUCUUGUAGCUAUAAGGGUACAUCCAUCGCUGAGCUCGUCACGAUCCUUGCGCUUGUCGGUGCGAACAUUACCAGGUCGAACUUUGUUAAGGUCUGA